AUCAUCCCAUAUCCACUUUCUCUAUAUAACACUUCCUUUCAAUCAAACCUUCUUCAUAAACCUCAAAAAAUCUCUUAUUCUCUUCACUCUUCUAGCUACCAAAGCUUUGUAAAACCAGAAACACAAACACAAACACAAACACCCCAUCAAUCAACUUUUUGUGAUUUCAUAUUUAAGGUUCAUGGGUAUUCACUGAUUCAGCUAAAUAUAUACAUACACCCUUUUGAUUGUCUUUGUCAAUUCAAGUGUUGUUGUUUUCUGCUACCAUGGAGUUGAUUUCAGGUCUUCCAGAGGAUGUAGCCCGGGACUGUCUAAUCCGGGUUUCAUACGAGCAGUUUCCAGCCGUCACCGCCGCGUGUAAAGGGUGGAACACGGAGAUUCAGUCACCGGAGUUUCGCCGGCGGCGGAGGGUCACCGGAAACACACAGAAAAUCCUUGUCACGGCUCAAGCCCGGUUCGAUUCAGACACAUGCGGUGGUUUGCUAGUAAAAGCUACAACGAACCCGGUUUACCGGCUCAGCGUGUUUGAACCGGAAACCGGUAACUGGAGCGAGUUAACCAUGCCACCCGAAUUCGACUCGGGCUCGGGUCUACCCAUGUUCUGCCAGAUCGCGGGUGUCGGGUAUGAACUUGUUGUCAUGGGCGGGUGGGACCCGGAGUCAUGGAAAGCCUCGAAUUCCGUGUUCAUCUACAAUUUUCUAUCCGCCACGUGGCGACGUGGGGCCGACAUGCCUGGUGGGCCCCGCACAUUCUUCGCGUGCACGUCGGAUCAAGAUCGAACGGUCUACGUUGCUGGCGGACACGACGAGGAGAAGAACGCGCUCAAAUCCGCGUUAGCAUAUGACGUGGCAAACGACGAGUGGGUCCCGCUUCCUGACAUGGCGAGGGAGCGCGACGAGUGCAAGGCGGUGUUCCGCGGCGGCGCCGGGAAGCUCCGGGUUGUUGGCGGCUACUGCACGGAGAUGCAGGGGCGGUUUGAGCGGAGUGCGGAGGAGUUUGAUGUUGACACGUGGCAGUGGGGUCCGGUGGAGGAGGAGUUUCUGGAUUGCGGCACGUGUCCGAGGACUUGCUUGGACGGUGGUGAUGCAAUGUAUAUGUGUAGAGGUGGUGACGUGGUGGCGUUGCAGGGGAACACGUGGCAGACGGUGGCGAAGGUGCCGAGUGAGAUUCGAAAUGUUGCGUGCAUGGGAGCGUGGGAAAGGUCAUUGUUGUUGAUUGGGUCCAGUGGGUUUGGGGAGCCUCAUAUGGGCUUUUUGUUGGAUCUGAAGAGUGGUAAAUGGGCUAAACUUGUGAGCCCACAAGACUACACGGGCCAUGUUCAAUCUUACUGCCUUUUGGAGAUAUAAGAUGAAGGUGAAUUUGGCCGACAUGCCGACAAAAGUGUUAAUUCUCUCAUCGCGGAUGCUUGAUGGCAUCAAGCGUUAAACAUUGGCCACGAGAUGUGCUUCAUUACAAUGAUUGAUGACCGAAUUGUCUGACUCGUGGUUGAAAGAUGAGAUGAGCAAUCACCAUGCUACCUCUUGUGUUUGGAGGAUAUAGGACUUAGUUUUUGUAUCCUAUAGCACUCUGUUUGUGUAUAUAUGAACUAUGAAGCAACAUUUUUGUUUCUCUA